GCUUCCUUUCCCGUCAAGAUGGCUACGCUGGCGGCGUCCACGAGUGCUCCUUCUGCCGCUUCAACCCCGGCCCCGGACCCGGCUGGAGCCCCUUCCCCUGCCCCAAGUCCUUCUCCGACGCCAGCUCCAGCGCCGGCCGCGGCUCCGACACCGACGUCGUCUUCAGAUCCGGCGGCAGCGACGGCCUCGCCAGCGGCUGCUGGCCAGACCCCGGCCUCGGCGCCAGCCCCAGCGCAGCCCGCGGCGCCCGCGCUCUCGGGGCCGGCUCUCCCCGGGCCCUUCCCCGGCGGCCGCGUGGUCAGGCUGCACCCCGUCAUUUUGGCCUCCAUCGUGGACAGCUAUGAGCGACGCAACGAGGGUGCUGCCCGCGUUAUCGGAACCUUGCUGGGAACUGUUGACAAGCACUCAGUGGAGGUCACCAAUUGCUUUUCCGUGCCACACAAUGAGUCAGAAGAUGAGGUGGCUGUUGACAUGGAAUUUGCUAAGAACAUGUAUGAGUUGCACAAAAAAGUCUCUCCAAAUGAGCUCAUCCUGGGCUGGUACGCCACAGGCCACGACAUCACAGAGCACUCUGUGCUGAUUCACGAGUACUACAGCCGGGAGGCGCCUAACCCCAUUCACCUCACUGUGGACACGAGUCUCCAGAACGGCCGCAUGAGCAUCAAGGCCUAUGUCAGCACUCUAAUGGGUGUCCCAGGGAGGACCAUGGGAGUGAUGUUCACACCACUGACAGUGAAAUAUGCUUAUUAUGACACUGAGCGCAUUGGAGUUGACCUGAUCAUGAAGACCUGUUUUAGCCCAAACCGGGUGAUCGGCCUCUCGAGUGACCUACAGCAAGUUGGGGGAGCAUCAGCUCGCAUCCAGGAUGCCCUGAGCACUGUAUUGCAAUAUGCAGAGGAUGUGCUGUCCGGAAAGGUGUCAGCUGACAAUACCGUGGGCCGCUUCUUGAUGAGCCUUGUUAACCAAGUACCCAAGAUAGUUCCUGAGGAUUUUGAGACCAUGCUCAAUAGCAACAUCAAUGACCUGCUGAUGGUGACCUACCUGGCCAAUCUCACACAGUCACAGAUUGCUCUCAAUGAGAAACUUGUAAACCUGUGAAUGGAUCCCAGCAGCACAUCUACCAGUCCUGAGUCUCAACUGUAGGGCCCAGCACCAAGUGGAGGAGAAAUGGUUUGUGAUCUUGAGUCACAAUGAAAGUUAGCUGCUUGUGACUCUAAAUAAACAGUGUACCUUUUGUAAAUGAA